AAGGCGAUUUCGGAAUACUAGACAGUGAAUUGGACUCGUUGUCACCAGAAAAAAGAUGGUCGAGAUGUCAGAAAGAAGUGCGAAAAGCAUUUCAACAUGCAUGGGCUGGAUAUGUACGUGAUGCCUGGGGAUACGACGAAUAUCAUCCAAUCUCUUGCACUGGAUCAAAUUUAACUCAAAAAGGAAUAGGCUUUACUAUAGUGGACUCCAUAGACACUCUUAUGAUAAUGAACCUCAAAGACGAAUAUUUGAAAGCUCGCGAUUGGAUAGCAAAUUCCUUGGACUUUGAUGUUGACGGAAAUUCAAAUGUUUUCGAGACAACAAUUCGAGUCCUCGGUGGCUUACUGAGCGCAUAUCAUUUAUCCGGAAACGACACUGUUUAUCUCCAAAAAGCAAUUGAUUUGGGUAGUCGUUUGCUCGGCGCCUUCGAUUCACCUACAGGAAUUCCCUAUUCGUCAGUAAAUUUGGCUACACGCAAGGGAAUUCCUUCACAUUUCAGUGGAGGAGUAAGUUCGACAUCAGAAGCAACAACUUUGCAAUUGGAAUUUAAAUAUUUAAGUUACAUUAGCGGUGAUUAUGAUUACUGGUCGAGAGUUGAAAAUGUAAUGUUUAUGAUCGAUAAUCUUCCCAAGUUCGAUGGAUUGGUACCAAUUUAUUUAAGUCCCGAAUUUGGCAAAUUCUCUGGAGAAACGAUAACGCUGGGCGCACGCGGUGACAGUUACUAUGGAAAUUUGAUUCUUGGUGUGACAAAAGGAAAAAAAAUCAAGGAGAUGGGGGAUUUGAGCGAGAAUGACAUAGAAGAUCUUAACAUAGGAAAAGAAUUAACAAGGACCUGUGUCCAAAUGUAUUUCAGCACCCAAACCGGAUUAGCCCCGGAGAUUGCAUACUUCAACACAUUCACAAAUUCUGCCGAAGACAUAAUCAUAAAGAAACAAGAUCGCCAUAAUUUGCUUCGACCCGAAACUGUGGAGAGUUUAUUCAUACUAUGGAGAAUUACUGGUGAUGUUAAAUACCGAGAAUGGGGAUGGAAAAUAUUCCGAGCAUUCGAGAAGUAUUCAAAAAUCGAUGAAGGUGGCUACACUUCCCUGGAUGAUGUUACCUCCAUACCGCCGAGCCGGCGCGACAAGAUGGAAACGUUCUGGAUGGCCGAAACCUUAAAGUACCUAUAUUUAUUGUUCGGACCCGAUGAUGUAAUACCUUUAGAUGAAUAUGUAUUCAACACUGAGGCGCAUCCGCUUCCAGUAUUUAAACCACCACAUAUGCAAUAA